AUGAAAGACAGGCUUAGUGAUCUUCAGAUGGUCACUAAGGACCCAGACGACGAUGAGUACUUCUCUGAAGUGGAUGAGAAAGAGCUCGAUCAUCAAGCUGUGGUGUUUGAGGAGAACUGCACCAUGGACAUGGUCUUCAAGGAGGCGCAAUCCUUGCGGCAGGAGAUCGCCCUCCUCAGAAUGGAUGUGAAGCGGCUGGGUGUGCAGAACAAGCGCUUCCUCACCUCCGUCCGCCGGAUCAGCUCCAUCAAGCGUGACGCCAGUGGCAUUGCCCGCGACAUCAGGGCACGGGGAGAAGGCAUCUACAGCCGUCUGCAGAACCUGGAGGCCCAGAGAAAGGACCUAGAGGAGAAGCAUGGCCGGAACUCUGCCCUGGUGCGUAUAGUUCACUCCCAGUACGUCUCCGUCACCCACGCCUUCCACGACGCCAUGUUUGAGUAUAACCAGGCCGAGAUGGCCCAGAGGGAGUACUGUAAGACCCGCAUCCAGAGGCAGCUGGGAAUUAUGGGCCGCGAGAUCACUGGCGACCAGAUCGAGGAGAUGAUCGAAACGGGCAAGUGGAACCUUUUCUCUGAGAACUUGCAGACGGAGGGGAGGACAUCACGCUCAGCCUUAGCUGAGAUUGAGAACCGGCACAAGGAGCUCUUGGACCUGGAGGGCCGCAUUCGGGAGAUCCACGACCUGUUCCUGCAGAUUGCCCUGCUGGUGGAGGAGCAGGGCAGCAUGCUGGAGAACAUUGAGGCCAAUGUCUGCUCCACGCAGGACUACGUAGGGAAGGCCCGCUCCCACAUUAAGAAGGCCACGAGAUGUAAGAGAAAAAAUCCUUGCAAGAAGAUGCUUUGCUGCUGUUUCCCCUGCUUGAAUCGUCCAGCUGAGUAA